UCCCUCUCCCCCUCUCUCUCCCUCUCCCCCUCUCCCACUAGAUCCCAUUAAGACCUCCCAGGGCUCCCUGUCCCUGAAGGCUUACAGGUUAACACCCAAACUGAUGGAGAUCUGCAAGGAGAAGGACUUCUCAGCCGAGGGAUUGAAGAAGGCCAUGAUUGGCUUCGAGCACAUGUUUGAGGAGGUUCCCAUCGUGAUCAAGAACUCCCACCUGAUCAACGUUCUGAUGUGGGAACUGGAGGAGAAGUGUACUGUGGCCGACAAACACGAACUGCUCAACCUCUCCAGCAGUAACCACCUGGAGAAGUCUCUGCAGCUCCUGAUGGACAGAGUGGAUGAUAUGAGUCAGGACAUUGUCAAGUAUAACACCUACAGCCGUAACCUCAGCAAACAACAGCAGCAGAAACACCAGUAUACCCAGCGGCGCCAGCAGGAGAAUGCUCAGAGACAGACCAGAGGAGAGACUCCUCUACCAGAGGAAGAUGUCUCCAAGAUGUUCAAACCACCACAGCCCCCUCCUCGCAUGGACACUCUCCUCAUCGCAGGUACCCCCACACCCUCCCUCCUCCUAGCAGCUACCUAUCUGUUCUCUCCCUGGUAGCUACCUAUCUCCUCC